AAUCAAAAUCAUUGCCCAACCCAAACCCCAAAAAGUAGAGUACUAUACAACAUAGCUGCUUCUAUACACAAAAACUAAAAACAGCUCAAAAACCAAACACAAAUUUCAAGAAACAAGACCCAAAAAAAAUCUCCAAAAAUCUCCAUUUGUUCCUCACAUUAUAUGUAUCUACUACCCUAGAUCUUCAAACCCCAUCAAUGGCUUCCUCUCCCCACCCACCUCACCACCCCCACUACCUCCUUCUCCUCCUCUUUCUCAUCACCUUAAUCCCUUUCACAUUUUCAGAUGAUGCUGCUGUUAUGUCAAAGCUACUAGCUGCUCUUUCUCCAGCUCCUUCAGGGUGGUCAUCUGAUAAACCAUUUUGUUCUUGGACUGAUGUGAGCUGUGACAAAUCUAGUGGUACUGUAGUUUCAAUUAAUAUUGAUUCACAGUCUCUUUCUGGUUCAUUACCUUCUGAUCUGAACCAACUUUCAAAUCUUAAAACCCUUUCUGUUCAAAAGAAUUCACUUUCUGGCCCCUUACCUUCUUUUGCAAAUAUGACCAAAUUAGCUGAGAUUUACUUGGAUAAUAACCAAUUCACCUCUGUUCCUCAAGAUUUCCUUUUGGGGCUCCCUAGUUUGCAGACUUUUAGCAUUAGUGAAAAUGGGAAGCUUAGUCCUUGGCAAAUUCCUUUGUAUUUGACUGAAAGUAGCAAUCUUGGUACUAUUCUUGCAAGUAAUGCUAGUAUUUUUGGUGUUAUUCCUGAUUUCUUUGAUGCUUUCCCAAAUCUUCAAGAUUUGAGAUUGUCUUAUAAUAAUUUUACUGGUUUUUUGCCUGCUUCUUUUGGGGGUAGUGAAAUUAGGAAUUUGUGGCUGAAUAAUCAAUUUCAAGGGCUAUCAGGUACUAUUGAUGUGAUUGAAAAUAUGACACAAUUGUCACAAGUUUGGUUACAUGCUAAUUCUUUUAGUGGUCCAAUUCCUGAUUUGUCCAAAUGUGAGAAUAUAUUUGAUUUGCAGUUAAGGGACAAUCAGUUUACUGGUGUUAUUCCAGAUUCAGUAAUGGGGUUGCCUAAGUUGGUAAAUAUUACUUUGCAAAACAAUAAGUUGCAAGGUCCUAUGCCACAGUUUAAAGAUGGGAUUAAGGUGCAACUUGGUACUACUAAUAGCUUUUGUCAGUCCACUCCUGGACCGUGUGAUCCGCAGGUUACAGCACUUCUUGAAGUAGCUGGUGGUUUUGGUUAUCCAGAGACUUUGGCUGAGUCUUGGAUAGGCAAUGAUCCUUGCAAAGGAUGGUCAUAUAUAAGCUGUGAUGGAAAGAAUGUAGCUGUUGCAACAUUUGGUAAGCGGCAGUUUUCAGGUUUUAUUUCCCCUGCUUUUGCAAAUUUGAUCUCUUUGAGGACCUUGCUUUUGAAUGAUAACAAUCUUACUGGAUCUAUACCGGGAAUCUUGACAACUUUGUCUAAGCUUCAAACCAUUGAUGUUACUAAUAACAAUUUAUCUGGUCCUUUGCCUGUGUUUCGAUCGGGUGUUAAGUUUACUUAUGGUGGUAACUUAUUGCUUGGAAAGAAUAGUAGUGAUGGAGGGGGGAGUGGUGGAUCACCAGGGUCGAACUCGAGUACUGAUGGUGGAAAUACAUCUGGUGGUUCAAAGAAGUCCACAGUUUCAGCUGGAAUGAUUAUUGGUGUGGUUAUAUCUGUUGUUAUUUUUGUCCUAGUUGUUUUGUUUGUGUCUUACAAAUGUUACAUAAAGAGACGGCAUAAGAGAUUCGGGAGGGUUGAGACUCCGGAAGGAAGCAAUCAAAUGGUUAAGCCCAAUGUAGUGAGUGGUACGAACGGGUAUGCCGGAGUCCCGAGUGAGCUACAAAGCCAGAGCAGUGGUGAUCAUAGCGAGAUGCCGGUAUUUGAAGGUGGAAAUGUUGCCAUUUCUAUCCAGGUGCUUCGACAAGUGACGAACAACUUCAGUGAAGAAAAUAUCUUGGGCAGAGGAGGAUUUGGAGUUGUUUAUAAGGGCGAAUUACAUGAUGGGACUAAGAUUGCUGUGAAGAGGAUGGAAUCCGGGGCGAUGGGUACUAAAGGAAUGAACGAAUUCCAAGCUGAAAUCGCGGUCCUUACCAAGGUUAGGCAUAGGCAUCUUGUUGCUCUUCUUGGUUUUUGUGUUAAUGGGAACGAGAGACUUUUGGUAUACGAGUACAUGCCACAAGGAACUUUAAGUCAGCAUUUGUUUGAAUGGCAAGAACUCGGCUACCCACUUUUAACUUGGAAGCAAAGGGUAACAAUAGCAUUAGAUGUUGCAAGGGGAGUUGAGUAUCUCCACAGCUUGGCGCAACAAAGUUUUAUCCAUAGAGAUUUGAAACCCUCUAACAUACUUCUUGGGGAUGACAUGAGAGCCAAGGUUGCAGAUUUUGGAUUGGUCAGGAAUGCGCCCGAUGGGAAAUAUUCUGUUGAGACACGGUUGGCUGGAACUUUUGGCUAUCUGGCGCCUGAAUAUGCUGCUACUGGACGUGUCACAACCAAAGUAGAUGUGUAUGCAUUUGGGGUUGUUUUAAUGGAGAUCAUCACUGGUAGAAAAGCAUUAGACGAGACAAUGCCAGAUGAGAGGUCCCAUUUGGUGACAUGGUUCCGCAGAGUCCUUAUCAACAAAGACAACCUCCGAAAAGCUAUCGACCAAACACUUGAUCCUGACGAGGAAACAUUCGAGAGCAUUGCUAAGGUUGCCGAGUUAGCAGGCCAUUGCACUGCACGCGAACCAUUUCAGCGCCCCGAUAUGGGACAUGCUGUCAAUGUUCUUGCGCCCCUUGUAGAGCUGUGGAAACCUACGAGAAAUGAAGACGAAGACAGCGGCAUUGAUCUCCAUAUGAGCCUUCCUCAAAUCCUACAAAGAUGGCAAGCUGAUGAAGGAACUUCAAGAAUGUUUGAUGAUUUCUCCUACAGUCAAACACAGUCAAGCAUACCUUCAAAACCUUCUGGAUUUGCCGAUAGUUUUAAUUCAACAGAUUGCAGAUGACAGAUAAGCAAAAAUCAAGAAAAUUUCUUCCUAAAGGGAAAAAGACAAUGGUGCAGAAUUUUGGGGUAACAGGUCAAGCUCAGACCCCACACGGUUUUCAUCUUUUUGAAUCACUAAAUUCAUUUGGUUAAUUGGUUUCUUCUUAACAACGCGUUUUACUUUUUGUCUUCACAUUACUUUUUUUGUGAUAGACCUAAGUUUAUAUGUAUUUUUUAUUUAUUUGGAUUCUUGAAGGAGCCAGGCUGGACAACAGAGUUUUUGUGUUGUUUUGUUAGAAGGGAAAUUGUAUUAAAUUCUUUUUUAUCUUACAUAAUUAAUGUACAUAUGAUUGAGACUUAUUUAAGCAUGCACCAUUUUCUA